GUUCAGCAGGCGUAUCAGGAUGUUCUCGUUUUGCAACUAUUAUGCGGGCGUUCCUCAAACAUAACAUUACUAUAACAUUAUAUAUACUGUACGAACUCAAAGUCACUUAGUUCGUCGCCCGUGUGUCACCAUCUUAGACAAAAAAACAACAUGGCCAAAAUCGACCUCGACAAAAUUGGGAAGAACUUACUGAAGAGCGCUGAAACCGGAGAGGUAAUAUAAAAUACAUCUGAGUGAGUGUUUACCUUUGAGAGCUGAAAACAUAUGUUUCAACGGUCUUUCCUUAUCGUUUGAGUUGCUCUCUAUGAAAAAGCCCUGCUGUUAAAGUUGACAUAUUAUUCCUUUGAGGCGCUUGUCUCCUGCUGAGAGCUAACUACUGCAUUUAACUUGUCAUUAACUCCCAGUGUUGGUAUAAAUGCUGUCAAAUAACCUCUCUGGGGUGAUAUAAAGUGAAGUGAUACAUGACAGUGAAUCCUCAUUUAACACUGUUUUGCUUCUAUGAUAUGUGAUUUUUAGAGAUUACUUUUUAACUUAGUAGUAAUCCAUUCAAACAUGCCUCAUAUGUAAUCUAUUCAGUACCUGUUUUAUGAUGCCAUGGUGGAUUAUUCCCUUUCAGAAUGUGGAGCUGCAGUCUCUGUGGCAGGACCAGCCCGCUGUCCUGUUCUUCCUGCGCAGGUUCGGCUGUCAGGUGUGUCGGUGGAUGGCAUUAGAGGUCAGCAAACUGGAGCCGGACUUAAGAGCCAGCGGUGUGGCCCUGGUAGGCGUUGGACCGGAAGAGUUGGGCUUGAAGGAGUUUAAGGAAGGAGAGUAUUUCAAAGGAUGUAAGCUGUUUUCACUCAUCUAAUACAAUCGGGGGUCUUUUUCUGUGUUUCUGCAGCACUGACAUAACACUCUAAAUUGAACAAUAUGUGUUGCUUUCAACGAUUAUGAAAAAAUAAAUCUGUACACAGGGCUUAAUUGCAAAAGUCUUUAAUCGGAUAACCAAACCUACUGUUACUCUACAGCCUUAAUUGGACGUUUUUACUUUUGUAUAGCCCCUCAUUGCUGAAUAUUAACCGUUUUUGGUUUCCAAACAUGACAUGCAGACAUACUCACUGUUGGGCUUUUUCUUUGUAAAACUGUCAGUAAUCAUCAAUCAACUCUCUCUUGCAGCUAUCUACAUGGAUGUAGAGAAGAAAACUUACAAAGAUUUGGGCUUUAAAAGGUGAGCACAGCAAAUACAAAUGUAUGAUGACAAUUUUGCUGCAAAGAUGAGUCGAUUAAUCUUCCAAUCAAACAACAUCCAACAUAGCUUUUUUUUUAAAUGAGGAAUAUAUCCAUCAUUUUAAAGCAAAUAAGGAGUACUCUCAAACAGUACAGUACAUCUUCUGGUUUUUACAAUGCUGUUUAAACAAGACAAGAUCCAUAACUCAAGUGUUUACACAUUCAACCAGGAUUUAAAUACUUGUGCUAAUCUCUUUGUAUUAGAUUAGCUGCAUUUAACUAAUCUCUGUCUGAAUGAUGUUUUGUUUUUAUUUUCAAACUCAGGUACACAGCCAUCAGUGUGGUUCCUGCUGCCAUGGCAAAAAAAGUACGAGAUGUAGCUGCAAAGGUAGAUAAAUUCUUAAUUAUGUUGAAUUUUUAUCUGCUUUAUGUAACCGUAGGUGACAGGAAUGAAGUAAUGAAGUUGCUGAUUGAGUCACUGACUCCUGACUUCAUGUUUCCUCUGCUGUUUUCAGGCUAAAGCUGGCGGCAUCCAGGGAAACUUCUCAGGAGAUUUACUCCAGAGUGGAGGCAUGCUCAUCGUGGCUAAAGGUAAAGCAAUAUCCAGCAGGGGGCGAUAGUUCCAAUACAUACCUAAGGGGCAAUGAUAAGGAUUAAUGAUCUUGAAAGCAUUAGUUGGCUGUCCAGCAAAUCAAUAAAUGAUAAUAAAGUAGUUUUUGGGUAGUUUGGCCUCUAGAGGGCAAUGCUGCAUCACAUUACUGGAGCAGCAUGUUCACACAGUAAGCUAUCUUAACCACCCACUGUGGUCCUGACUAGACACAUCCUUUGUUUUCCUAUUGAGUCAUUGAAACACUUAAACCACACAAGUCAGAGCAACCUGAAGAUAAUUUUCAACAGUAUUUUAUUUGUAAAAGAGCGUGUGACAGCUGAAAUGAGGCAGAGGAAAAAACACUCUCUAGAAAUAAACUGAUGUUGUCUUUUAUUGUGGGGUUGGACACAAGAGUCGACAUCUGCUGUGUAAACCUCCCAGUUUGAGACUUUGGCUCUACCAAAAGCCACAUCUCCUGCAGUGUUGCUCCCCUCCGCAUGUUCAUCAGAAAAAGUUGUCAAAGUCCUCACCUAAUGUUUUUUGUCUUUUUUUGUCUAAUGUCUUUUAAUCCUUAAAGGCAGUGUCGCUCCCUUCUGCAUGUUUAUUUGAAUAAAAGAUUAACAAACAUAUAUAUAUAUAUAUAUAUAUAUAUAUAUAUAUAUAUAUAUAAAUAUAUUACAUCUGGAGAAAGUAACUUAAAAAAUGUGUUGCAAACGCACAUUUAAACAUUUUAUUUCUGAAUAUUGUCACAUGUACCUGAAUAUGAAAUCUUUGAUUGAAAUGGAGAAAGUUGACCAAGUCCUCAAUGAUAUAUUUUUUAUGUCUUUUACUCCUUAAAGGUGGAGAAAAGGUCCUGCUGCACUUUAUUCAGGACUCACCUGGAGACCAUGUACCUCUAGAGGAUAUCACCAAAGCUUUGGGCAUUUCUACCCAAGUUAAAGCAGGAGAAAAGCCAGUGGUAAGAUAUCUCAGAAAAAUAGAUCACAAUAAUCCCUGUGAUGCAUUCUUUUACUGUUUUACUUUUGUUUUUCUGACACUUUUAUCCCCCCAUCCCUCAUUCCAACCUCAGUUUAAUUUUUAAUUAAUUCAAAGAUGAAUAGUGAAAGAGAAAGUGGUUUUGCUGGGUUUACUGAAGCACACUUGGCUGAUGUUUUUCCUGUAAAUUCUGUUUUACGUCAGCAACACACACAUCAGAACAGCCUCUUCAAAGACAAUUUCACACUUAUUACUCUGUCUUCAUGGUCUGUUAGUGUUGGUGUCACAGCCCUGAAACAUUUCUAACUUGAGCAGGGAUCUCAGUCUGUAAAUAAUUGUAUUUAAAAUGCUCAGCAAACACAAACAGAAAACAAAUACCAUGUAAUACCCUGAAGGGGAAAUCCAGGAUUUAUGAUCUAGCACUAUGGGAAUGAAGUUUGACUCAUUGAGGUGUAGCUCUGAAAAAUGUUGGCAGCCUUUCACAAAAUCUAUGAAAUGUUUGUUUAAAUCUGUUAGAAAGACUAUAAUGCAGCUUAAACAGCUCCUUACAAAGUCAAAUAUCCCUUUAACUGAAAAGCUUUAUGGGACCGUGUUGAUAUCUAAGAUAAUCAAAUCAGUGAAAAGACUCAGUUGGUAGGCAUUUGAUCAAGCAUUCAGGAUUUCCCAUAAUUUUUAAUAACAUAAUAAUUGUUAGCCCUCUAUAAAAUUUGACUUACUUUAUAUUUACUUGAUACAGAGCGCUGUAAAAAGAGAAAAAUCUCACUAAAAUUCUUUCUUAGAAAAAGAGGAUUAUAUUUUUAAUGCCGCUGUCAAGACUGAGUAUUAAAAAUUAUGAAUGGUUAAAUGGGUCAGGCGAGAAAAAUCUAACGAUAACAGAAACAAAAAUGCAAAACAACAAGUAUUUAAGUCUGGAUUUUAAUUAAGCUGGAAAAUUCCACAGUUUUUUUUUUUUUUUUUUUUUUUCUUUAAGAAUUAAGGAUUAGGUUUGAGAAUUUAGGACUCACAGGUUUUCAUUUAUUUUCUAGGAUUUACCUGAAUGUUGUACUUAAAUCUUUAACAAGAAUUUGAGCUACUGUUAGCAAGCUCAGCGCAAAAACCGCUUGAAAUUAAACAGCUUAAAGAUUCUGUCGAACCGUACCGUUACUGCUCACACAUUGACACACUAUAAUUUUGUUUGUUCAGCACCUUGAAAAACGUACCCUUCUGGCUUUUAUACAACAACUGUGACAUAACGAUUGUGUUUAUUUUGAGCUUAAGCCGUGCCAGAGGGAGAAGUUUGAAACAGUUAGAGAAAACGAGGCUAGCAUGUUUUCCUUGUUUACGUUUCAUGUUUGCUAAACUAAGAUAGCCAACUGUCAGCUGUGGGCGUCUGUUUGAAUGACAGGAGAUAUAAAAGUGGUUUCAAACAUCUUAUUAAUCAUUUGACAAGACUGAGAAAAUCAUCUUCAACAAAAAUCAAAUCUGUCUCUAAUUUUUGAGCAAAUCCUGUUAUUGUUUCAGUGAGAAAUGUUGUGAAUGAGAAUGGCGCUCAUUCAGUUAAAUCUUGUGUUCAACCCCUUUGAACAUGAAAUAAUUUCAGUCGCAUUGCUAAUUUCCCCACUGUGGGAUGAAUAAAGGUUUAUCUUAUCUUAUUUUGUUACUCAGUCAAGCUUGAUAGCAAAACUAAGCAGGAUUUCAGCUCAAGAAAAAAAUAAUGAAAGAUAGGAGUCCGAUAAAGUUUGAAAGUAUUAGACGUGGGAAACAGUUGUACAGUUGUCAGACAAGAAUAUCAUUAUAUUUUAAUAAUUCUGUACUUAAACUUAUUGAGAAUACAAAACAAACCCAGAGGCUAUUCAAAUAUUUACAAACUCUUCCUGUUACUCUUCCUUUUACCAAAAAUUCAGCCUCAUAAAAUAGGAAGUACAUCCUGAAUGACAUAUCCGUGUCACACCGCAAUACGCAUUGAGAUAUUCCUCAGUGAUCAUUAUAAAAUCAUGGGCAUCAUGGGGCCCAUCCUGUGAUCGGAAUCAAAUCAGGGCCUCCCUUCGCUGUCACACUCAGCACAUGGACUUUAACGUGUUUGCCCCGCAGCUGAGUUUGCUGACGUCCUGCAAAAUGCACCAUAACACAGAUUUUUUUUCUUCUUGAUGGAUUGAAGUGUGGCAGAAAAUAAGAAGUCACAAGCUAUAGGGCCCUGAGUGAGGUCAAUGGCUGAUGGAGAUAACAAAAAGUAAUAUUUCCCAGUUCAAGCAGCUGUUUGUCAGCGUUCUCAUGUCUGUGUCCGUAGAUAAUCUUACACAAGUUUCACCUAAAGAACGACAUGUCCAUAAACACAUGAGGCACCCCGUCAACCUAUGCAGACAAAUUUGUAAAGAAAGAAGUCUUAAUCUCAGAAAAUUAAUUGAAACUUACAGUAAUUACCUUCUCUUUUAUUUGUUAAAAAUCUACCUUUAUUUGUCUAAACAUAGUAAUUUGCAAAAUGCAUGGGAACAAAAUUUCCUUCUAUUUUUCGGACAUUGCUAACUUUUUCAGUGAAUCAUAAGCACUGCAGUAAAAGUUAUCAUGUUUAUACAUUAUUUUGCAAAAAAUAUUCAGCUUUGCAAAUGUAAUAUUUGACAAUUUCAUUUUAAUCUAGGACUGGAAUUUUACAAAGUUACUUUUUCUCUUAACUGGUAGCUACCUUUGGUCCAGUAUUGUCAAGAAGAUCUGAUUGAUAUCUCUCAAAAUUUCUCACACUGUGACCAUGAUGAGGUUCCAAAAUUGCUAAUUUGUUCCCGACAAAAGUCCUUAAUCCAGAGGUGUUUUGUGUGUAAUAAUUGAGAAAAAAGAAAGCAGCAGAAGUAGAAAUUCACUUGCAAAAACACAGAAAAUUUUCCUGUCUGAUCAUUGUUUAAUGGACAAACUGUUUCAGCUUAACUAUGAAUGUUUAGAUAAUUGAGUAGGUGAGCUAAUGAGCCUGCUGUGAUCCAACUUAACUUACCUUAAAUAUUUUCAUAGAUGCUAUCAGCAUAAAGUCAAUCAUUCCAAAGACCAUAAAAAAGAUAGUUAGUUUACACUGAUUUAUUUCAGCCCCAGUGAGACAACAGAGAAAUGACUUUGAAGCAUCACUUUUAGCACAAAAAGUCAUUGGGAGACAUUUUCUAUACUAAGAAUAAACCUUAUAAAAUCUGACAACAAAACUUCAAAUGUCCUGGUGUUACUUAAAUAGUUAUGGAGUUCCAAUGAGUACUGUUUUCUGCCCUCUAUACUGACCUACCUACCUACGUACUUACCUCAGUCCACUGCAUUUACCUCAACAGAACUUUGCUCAUAAUUGAUCACACAGUAAGCUGUUUUUGAGCUGUUGACAUUAAGGAUUGAUAACUCCUUUAAUUCAAUAAGAAUUAGUGGGAGAUUAGUUUAAUUACCCGCAUGUAGGGGAGUUAAAUGAAAGCUGUUGUGUGGCCUCAGUUAGCAACCUAAUUUAUAACGUUAUUGUUCAUCUCUUUUGUCAAGCAUGUCUUCUUCUGUCUGUGUUAGCACUCUGUUAAAACCUGAAAAGGAUUGUGUUCAUCCAUCUUUGCAAAAAAAUCAUCUUAAUCUGGUCUUUAUGUCGUGUUUAUUUCAUGUACCCUCUCUUGCAGUGCAAUGACGAUGUCUGCACCCGAUGAGGACAGAGCUGCCUUUCAGCCACAACAGUGGGCUGAAACAGAAGAUUAGAAAGUGGAGUAACAGCAAAUGCUCAAGUGAACUUGUGAAUGUCUGCCAAAAUUCCUAAUUUGCUUGAAAAUCCUUUGUAAUCGUGCUCUAUUAUGUUAUAUUAUGUGAUCAACAGUGACACUCCAUUUUAACAGGUACCUUUAAAUUGUCAUGAAACACUGAUUGUUUAUCUUUUACAAGCUGUUUGUUUACACUCUUAGCCUUAAAAUUAACAUAUUUUUUAUGCAUCUGAUAUCAAUAAAAGUUUUAACUUGGUAUUUAA